AUGGCUGCACCGCAAAACAUUGUCCAGAUUCCCAAGCCGGACUUCGCUCAUCGGCUGAGCGUCUCGACGUCACCUACUGCCACAUUCCACUCCCCGCCGGCCAGCUUCAGCGGGGCGCUCCCGACCCGGGCGGCACCCAAGCAGUUGAAGCCGUUCAACACACAGGACAUCAAGAUCCUGCUGCUGGAGAAUGUGAACCAGAGCGGCAGGGACAUCCUGACCGGUCAGGGUUACCAGGUCGAGGCUCUUAAGACUUCGCUGCCCGAGGACCAACUCAUUGAGAAGAUCCGAGACGUCCAUGUCAUUGGCAUCCGUUCCAAGACCAAGUUGAAUGAGAAGGUCUUGCGUGAGGCCAAGAACCUGCUGGUCGUCGGAUGCUUCUGCAUUGGCACGAACCAGGUAGACCUGGAGUUCGCUGCCAAGCAUGGUAUUGCCGUCUUCAACUCGCCUUUCGCCAACUCGCGCAGUGUGGCCGAGCUGGUGAUCGGAGAGAUCAUUACCCUUGCUCGCCAACUGGGAGACCGCUCAAAUGAGAUGCACCGCGGCACGUGGAACAAGGUCAGCAACAAGUGCUGGGAAAUUCGUGGCAAGACCCUUGGCAUUGUUGGAUAUGGUCACAUUGGCUCUCAGCUCUCAGUAUUGGCAGAGGCCAUGGGCAUGAACGUUAUCUAUUAUGACGUUAUCAGUUUGAUGGGACUGGGUACCUCUCGACAGGUGCCAACCCUGAACGAACUCCUGAACGAGUCCGAUUUUGUUACCUUGCACGUCCCCGAGCUCCCCGAGACCAAGAACAUGAUCUCGACGGCCCAGUUCGAGCAGAUGAAGGAAGGUUCCUACCUCAUCAACGCAAGCCGUGGAACUGUCGUCGAUAUCCCGGCCUUGAUCAACGCCAGCCGCAGCGGUAAGAUUGCUGGCGCAGCGUUGGAUGUCUACCCUAAUGAGCCUGCGGCCAACGGCGACUACUUCACCAACGACCUCAACACCUGGGGCGAGGAUCUGCGUAGCCUGAAGAACCUGAUCCUCACGCCUCACAUCGGUGGUAGCACCGAGGAGGCUCAGCGAGCUAUCGGUGUUGAAGUUGGUGAUGCUCUUGUCCGAUAUAUCAACCAGGGUAUUACGCUCGGCAGUGUCAACUUGCCCGAAUGCAACCUGCGUUCAUUGACCCUCGAAGAGCCAGACCACGCCAGAGUUAUCUACAUCCACCAAAAUAUUCCGGGUGUCCUCCGCAAAGUCAACGAGAUUUUGGGCAACCACAACGUCGACAAGCAAAUCAGUGAUAGCAAGGGUGAUGUUGCAUAUCUCAUGGCAGAUGUCAGCAGUGUCGGAAUUGAGGACAUCAAGGAGAUUUCUGAGUCCCUCGAGGCCUUGAGCUCACGCGUCAUGGUCCGUGUCUUGUACUAA